AUGCGGACGGAGGACGACGAACCAGAGCAAGCCGCUAGUGACGAUGAUGCUGGGGAGGCUCAAGCUGGCCCAUCAGGAUCUCAAGAAGAAGAUCCAGUCGUGAAGACGGACGAGGAUGAUGAUGAAAGUUUGUCGCGGCGCAAACGGGCGCGAUUGGAUAAAGAGGGAUCGAGUCGAGUUUCGAAGGAGGAAAAGCUUGUACGGCGGGAGCCGUCAGUCAGAGAUCGGGACGGUUACGUGCCUGGGUCAAUCGUCAGGAUUGCUCUCGAGAAUUUCAUGACGUACGACUCGACCGAAUUCCGACCUUGUCCAUAUCUCAAUAUGGUUCUUGGUCCGAACGGUACUGGAAAGAGCUCUAUCGCGUCCGCUAUUGCCAUCGGUCUGGGAUUCUCACCUAGUCUCUUGGGACGGUCUAGUAGCGUUCAUUCGUAUGUGAAACACGGUGCUGAAAGUGGAUGGAUCGAGAUCGAACUGAAAGGCAAACCCGGACAGGGAAACCUGAUUAUUCGUCGCGGCCUUGUCUCCAACAACGAUUCAAGUACAUACCUCCUCAAUGGGAAAAAUGUCCCGGCCAAGGCGGUGAAAGACGCUGUUGAGGAACUGAAUGUGCAGGUUGCCAAUCUUUGCGCUUUCCUUCCGCAGGAUCGCGUCAGCGAAUUUGCUCAGCUCACGCCUGAGAAGCUCCUUAUCGAAACACAGAAAGCGGCUGGUGCAGCUGGCCUAACACGAUGGCACGAGCAGCUGAUCGAUAUGGGAAAAGAUCGUAGGAAGAUCACGGAGGAAACAGAUGAGUUGAAGAAAGACGCAGAGUACUUAGAACAGAGAAACAGUGUGCUGGAGCGUGAUGUGGCGCGCUUCCGAGAGAGAAGAGAGAUCGAAAAACAGAUCGCACUCCUGGAGUUGCAAAUCCCCUUCGCGGCAUAUGCCCAAGAGAAAGCUAAAUACGACGAGUUGAAAGAGGAACGAAAUCGCCAAUCCAGAGUUCUGGCUCCGCUCCUCGAGCGAAAUGAUCCUCUCAAUGUUUUUAAGGCUGAGCAAGAAGAACGGAAGAGGAAGGUGGAGACGAAGAAGAAGAAAAUGGAGGAUGAGGCUAGGAAAAUGUACAGUGCCACCAAGAAGCUGCACGAAGAGAGCAUGAAACUGGCGGAUAAAGCCGACGAGAAGCGAAGUCGAGUGGCCAUCAUCCGGAAGAAUGAAAAAGAGAGGAAGGAGCGAAUCAAGAAACUUAAGGCCGAGAUAGCAAGAUAUGAACAAAUAUUGGCAGAUCCCCCCGACUUUCAGACACCGUUAGAGGAGAAUAAGCAGAAGAGGCGGGCCCUGCAAGACGAGCUUCCCGGUUUCAAUGAGGAAAAGGCAAAAUACCAGCAACGAUAUCGAGCAUUUGAAGAGGAGAAAGCUGUUUUCGUCGCAGAGAAAGAGAGAGCCUCUGAACUACUUAAGGAGCUCGACAAUCGAUCAGAGGUGCGACUGAGAAAUCUUGAAAGAUUCGACAAAGAUUGUGCCGAUGCUGUGAGAUGGCUGCGGACAAACCUGGACAAGUUUGAGAUGGAAGUUGUUGAACCCGCGAUCAUCUCGCUGACUGUUCCGGACAACAAGUAUCUUGAUGCCGUUGAAAGUUGCUUUAACGUGAAUCAGUUAAAGACAUUUGUUUGUCAAACCGAGCAAGAUUUCAAGACGCUGAACCAACUUGUCAAUGACACUGACAGAGCCUUGGGAAGGAAGGCUCGUAUCAAUACCUGGCAUCGCCCCCGUAACCAGGCUAAACUGUUGCCGCCGCCAUUGUCUCUUGAGGAGGUACAACACUUCGGGUUCGACGGAUAUGCCAUCAACUUUGUUGAGGCGCCCGAUGCAAUGCAUUGGUAUCUCAGACGUGAACUGAACAUGCACAGAACACUCAUUGGACUCGACGCAUCGCAAAUCGACAACAGGGCAGCUGCUGAUGCGGUCAGCGCUCAAAUUCCCGGGCAAACUGGGACUGUGCCUCCGGCGACUUUUAUUGCAGGACGUGUUUCUUACACUGUCAGCCGUUCCGCGUACGGAAAACGUUUAGUGCAACAGCAAACGAGGGAUCUUCGGCCCGGCAGGAACUUGAACAAUGUUGCAGUGGAUCAAAACUACAAGAACGAGUUGAUUGAGAAGCGAGCAAUGGCAACGCAAUCUCUGACAGAUAUGGAAGCGACGGACGUCGAGUUGCAGCAGGAGGAUCAAAGGAUCAAAGGGAUGGAGAAGGGAAUUAAGGAUCGCAAAGAUGAACUAGAUAGAGAGAGGGAGAAGAUCAAGCAGAAUGAAGCCGCUUUCCGAAGCCAUGGGUCAAAACUGACCAUUGUAAAGAAUAAAUUGCUUGGCGAGGAGAAUGCUCCUUCUGCGGAUCAAGAGCGCAGUGAGUUGAGGGCAGAGUUGCUUGAAAAUGCACGCGAACGCACAAGACUUGGCAUUGGGUACACGAAUGGCAUGGCGGAGUUGAUUGAGAAGUACGCCGACGUUACCGAGCUUGGUCUGGAGAGUAUGCAGCUGGCGAGCAAUAUCGCCUACCUUGUCCAGCUCGGUUCCGAGCAGGGUGAGGCGCGGAAAGAGGCAGAAGCGGCGUAUCGCGAAAUCGACGAGCAAUUCAAGCGGUGCAAGCAGCGGGCGACUGACUUCCUCAAUACAUCGCGAGCAAAACUGAAAGAGGCGGAUGAUGAUAUCAAGGAUGCCUUCCAGCAGAAUAAAGAUGCUGGUGGAUCGAUCGACCUAGACGACCUCGAGCAACAGCUUGAAGCGGAGCGUGCGCGAUUCCAGCUCAACAUGGCCGUCAACCCGAGCUUGAUCCGCAAGUACGAAGAGCAAAAGGCGGAAGCGGAACGCAAACGCCGGCUCAUUGCUGAGAAGGAGAGGUCACAGGGAAAGUAUACAAAGAAGAUCAAGGGGACGGAGGAGAAGUGGUUGCCUGCGCUGGAGCAACUUAUCUUCAACAUCAACGAGAAGUUCUCUGACGCUUUCGCACGCGUGCAAUGUGUUGGAGAGGUCAAGAUCGGAAAGGACGAGCACGAUUACGCCAAGUGGAGGAUCGAAAUCUGGGUCAAGUUCCGGGAUAAUGAACAGCUGCAACUAUUGACUGCACAUCGUCAGUCAGGAGGGGAACGGGCACUCUGUACGAUCCUCUAUCUGAUGAGUCUGACCGAGCUCGCCCGCGCACCCUUCUCCCUCGUUGACGAGAUCAACCAAGGAAUGGACCAGCGAUACGAGCGCGCAGUGCACAACAACCUCGUCGAAGUCACCUGUGCCGAGGGCGCGAUGCAGUAUUUCCUCAUCACGCCCAAGCUGCUCCCAGAUCUGAAGUACCAUAAGCGGAUGAGGAUCUUGUGCGUGAAUAAUGGUGAGUGGCUCACGGGCCCGCAGAAUAGUGACAAGUGGGGAAAUAUGAGGAAGAUGCUGCAUCACGCUCGGUAUUAUCCUCUCGGAAAGAAGUCGGCCAGCCUUGCGUCGCCUGUCAUUGCGGUGCGGUGA